GACAGGCGACUCCGCCCCCCGCCUGUGUGGAUGCUGGAGAGGCUCAGACACCCCGCUAGUACCUGCUGCCCGCUCCCCGCCUAGGGACAUCCCCAGCCCGGCCAGGAGGCGCCGCUGUCCCCGGACCCUCGUCCUGCAGACACCCCCUCCUCCUGUCACCAGCCGCCUCUAUAGGGACAUGCAACAGUUCCCCGGCUCCUGGGCGUCUGCUGUGUGUCCGCGGAUGGAAAGUUGGGAGAGCCGCGUUUCCUCUCCCGAUCGGCGGACACUGAUCUCCGGACUAGUGACCUGUUGAAUGUGGAUCUUCUCCGGGAGAAUUGCGGAUGUAUCUCCUGGGGGGUCUCUCAUACCACCAUGGGCACCAAGCAGACCAAGGUGUGCCAGGCUUCCAGUGCUGGGGGGGACAGUCCUCAGCACCCCCGGAGGAGGGACAAGGGGGACUUCUGGGCAGCUUUCGGGGUGAAGUCUGCGGAUAAAUUCGGGAAGAACCUUGUGGGGGGUCAGGCCCCUUAUCACCGGAGGAUCAGGAUGAUCCAGGAUAUGAUGGGGAUGCUGAGACAAGGGAGGCAGGAGGAGGCCACCGAGGAGCUACGACACCUGAGACAGGAUCUGGGUAUGGAGUCUACAUCUCUGGAUGAUGUUCUUUAUCGAUAUGCAAGCUUUCGGAAUUUAGUGGAUCCUAUAACACACGACCUUAUCAUCAGCCUGGCAAGAUAUGUACACUGCCCUAAACCGGAGGGAGAUUCACUUGGGGCAAUGGAGAAAGUGUGCAGACAGCUGACUUACCACCUCAGCCCUCACUCACAAUGGAAACGUCAAGGUAUCGUGAAGCGAAAGCCGCAGGCCUGUUUAAAAGCAAUUUUGGCUGGAAAAUCGAAUGAAGGCUCUUUAGAUUUGUCUGGACUCCCCCUUACUAUGAAGGAUCUGGAACGGGUGAUAAUUUAUCUUCAGCACAAUUCAGAAGAACUAGAGAAUGUGGAACUCUGCUUUACCGAAUUAACAGAUGAAAUGUUUGUACAUCUCAUGCCUGUCCUCAGUGCUCUUCCUCACCUAACCACUCUGGCCCUUAAUGGAAACCGUUUGACAAAAGCCAUUCUAAGGGAAAUUACAGAAGCGUUAAAGGACUCCAAAAAGUUUCCCUGCAUGACUUGGAUUGACCUUGGUAAUAACGUGGACAUCUUCUCACUGCCACAACCUUUUCUACUCAGCCUCAAAAAGCGUUGUCCGAAACAGGGAAAUCUGCCAACCAUUUUAGAAUUUGGAGAAGGGCAAUUAAGUGACCUAGAAAAUCAAGAUACUUCAACGGAAAACCAAGAUGAGCAAGUUACCAGCGGUUCUGAUGAUAACAUUAUUCAUCCAGAAAGCUAACUAAGAUGCUUCCUAAUGUAAAAUGACUUGGUUACCUAAAAUCCUGUUUAAUACUUAGGAGAUGGGUUUGAAGUAACAACCUUAUUAAGCUCUAAGUUGACUGGAGCCAGUCUUAUAAAAUAACUACUUUGACAUUUCCACCAAAAGCCAAUGAUGACAUUGGCACUUUCUUUAUCUCCUUUACCAAUGCAAUGGUGUUUCAGCUUCUACCUAUCUAAAACUGUUUUAUAUUUACCAAAAAUAUCUCUGGAACAGUUUAUCCAGUAUCUUAUGAUUUCAGUAAAUCACAAGUUUAUAUAAAUCUCUAGACUUCUAAACAAAUUGAUCAUCAAUCAUUAGGGGUUAUGUGACAUGUAAUUUAGCCCUAUGGUGUAUGCUAAAUCUCACACAUAAAAUGAUAAAUAACAAAUCAAAAUUAUCACUUGUAUUGCGAUUUAGAGGAACUCCACAAAAGGAAGAUGUGAAUCAUGUUGAUGCUUUUGUAGCAUAUGUAUUGCGCUCAUCUCCUUGCCCUUAGUUCAAAGAUCUUCUAGUCCUGGAGAACCUAAUUACUGCAUAAGCCCUGUGGUCUCUAUGUAGUAUUUGUUGGAUCCAAUACUGAAGAAAUAAUGGUUUAACAAUGUCAAUUAGUAAAUGCCACUUAGCUUUAAAAGUAAUAAGUUACACUGCCAGCUGUAUCCCUCAUGAGAGCACUACAGUGUUGGCCUUUAUUCCUUUCUUCUGCAAAAAAAAUAUCAAAAAACUUGCAAAGAUAUGUAAUUUAAUAUUUAUUUUUUGCUAUUUAUAUAAAUAUAUAAAGCUAUAAAGAUUCCUAAAGUAGAAGUAAACCCUUUAACUAAAAUACGUUAUCUAUACAUUAAUGAUAUUUCAGAAGUAGUUUUUAAUAUUUUUUAAUCUGCAGCCUUCAUUAAAGAAAUAUUGGUAAUCUUGCCACGAAGGUCCUACCUCAGGCGAUUCCUGUUCUAAAGGCGAAAAUGUCCCCCAAAUGUUCUCCUGCAAGCUCUCCCAAGCUCUCCCAAUGAAGAUUACAAGUGCACAUUUUCCAGGAAUGUUCCAUUGUUCUUACUAUCAAGAAACCCAUCUUGAGAAAUGGCAUGCAGCACAAAGGGGUUGAUUCACUAAAACUGGAAAGCGGAAAAUCUAGUGCAGCUCUGCAUAGAAACCA